AUUUAGAAAGUUCAUUUCGCAAUUUGGUCUAGCCAGGAAUCGAACUCGGGACCUCCUCAUCUAGCGCCUACAGUAUUUAUACUGUAGGGCCAUCAAUGGGCCAACCAAGUCGUCAAUUGUGUACGUAUGUAAUCAUCUCAUUAGGCCUGAAAUAGUAAUGAAAAUGCCUUUUUUUCUACUAAUUUAGGUAAUGAUUGCUUUUUACAGGUGUUAUGUUUCACAUUAAUAACUGCAGUGUCCGCAGAGUACGGUCACAACCACGGAUAUAACCACAUGCGUUCUUUCUCGGCACAGCACGGUCACAACCAUGGUGACCAUCAGCAUGCACAUGAUCAUGGUCUCAAUCACGGCCAUGGUCAUGGGGGACAUAAUCACAAUAACGAUUAUUUUAUGACAGGAAUGUUCAGACGGUCGUUUCCACACAACAACAUACCAGUGGGCAAUUCUCACGUGCAAAUGCAGCAUCAGCUUUCAGGACAUCAACAUACGGGCCAUCAACAUGCGGCGCAUAUGAACUACGCCAAUUUCGGUUACAACGUGCCUUCCUUUUUUAGACGUUCUGGUACUGACUACCAUGACCACGUUGGGGCCCACGCUAACAUGCAGCACAAUCAUCACGAUCACCAUCAUCAUUAA